AUGGGCAUAAAUUAUUAUGGUAGUAGUGGUGGUGGUCGUAGUGGUGGUGGUCGUGGUCGUAGUGGUGGUCGUAGUGGUGGUGGUCGUAGUUGUAGUAGUCGUAGUCGUCAUCGUAGUAGUAGUAGUCAUAGUAGUAGUAGUAGUCGUAGUAGUCGUAGUCGUAGUAGUCGUCGUAGUGGUAGUGGUAGUGGUAGUGGUAGUGGUAGUGGUAGUGGUAGUGGUAGUGGUAGUGGUAGUGGUAGUGGUAAUGGUAGUGGUAGUGGUAGUGGUAGUCGUAGUAGUCGUAGUCGUAGUGGUCGUAGUGGUAGUAGUGGUAGUAGUGGUAGUAGUAGUAGUAGUCGUCGUCCAUUUCCUCCUUUUUUGCAGCUGCUAUGUGCAAACAAACAUAUGCAAAAAUUUAAAUCGUGA